UCUAAACAAUGGCCGCGUAUCAGAUGGGACUGCUAUUGAUUUAAGUGUAUGUGAGUGUUGUUGUGUAUUUUAAAAUGUAAUGUUUUGGUGAAAUUCCUAAAAAUGUGGAUCCCAACGAAAAUUAAAAAAUACGGCGUAGCCAUCUAUAACUGGAAGGGCGACACCAAAUUCGGCCUGCCUUUAGAGAUAGGCGAUACCGUCCAGAUCCUUGAGGAAUGCCAGGGGUGGUACAGGGGGUUUUCGACGAAGAACAGGGCCAUCAAGGGUAUAUUUCCUCAGUCUUACAUACACUUGAAGCCCUGCAAAGUGGACAACGAAGGACUCUUUGAGAGUGUCGUCCCAGUCGAAGAUCCGGUAGUUAGGGAGGUGACCCUUGUGUUGAGGGAAUGGGGCAGGAUUUGGAAGGAAAUAUUUGUGGAAAGGAACCAUUACAAAUUCGAGACUGUGGGAAAGGUUAUGAGAGACCUUUUGGAAUGGCGCAGACAACUGGUUUCAGGGACUUUAACCCACGACCAGACGCGGGAGCUGAAGCUGAAAAUCAUACAGAAAAUAGACUGGGGAAAUCGAAAACUUGGUCUGGAUUUAGUACCGCGCCAAGGUGCUCAGAUGGUAGAACCCGAUUCCAUGUCAGUUGUAGAAUUAUACCACGUGCAUGUAGCUAGUGCUGAAAACACCCAAGGAGUUUCAGCAAGAGGGACAAUCAAGAAGAAAGAACAGAAAAAAACCUUAACCCACCACUUAUACUUCUGCAUGCGAGAUUUCGGCCACCACGUCGGAGAAGACACAGAAAUUUAUUUCUCCCUGUACGACGCGGGCAAGCAAAAAUUCAUUACCGAAAGAUUCCUAGUCAAAAUUUCCAAAGAGGGCUUCUCGAAUUACAUCGAGAAGCUGCAUAGCAAUUGUACUGUGUUUACGGAUUUGGGAAAUGCGGACCUAAAUAAAGAUAUAUAUGUAGUUGCUCACGUAAUGCGAAUCGGCAAGAUGCUGUAUUCGGAUAGUUCAAAAAAGACUGAGAAGGCUGUUGCUCAACAACAGGUCUUCAAAAGGCCUCAUGGGGUAGCUGUGCAAAACUUAGGAGAUUAUUUAACUAGUAAGGAGGGUGACACCGAAGAAAAAGAAUUUGGUAUGAAGGUGUACCAAGCCGAGGAGAAAGAUUUUCACCAGCUCCACGAGUUCAUUAUACGACAAUCUGGCAAAUAUAGCUCGUUAUCCAGCCAUAUGAACUAUGGCGUAAUGAUUUCUGUUAAAAUGUUGCAUGGCGAAUUGAGAAUUAUCAAAGAAGAAAACCCUUUACUCUUCAAAAACGUUUGUUUAACGAGCAAAUUAGGUUUCCCCGAUGUAAUAAUGCCAGGCGAUGUAAGAAAUGACUUAUACUUGAACUUAGACAAGGGUGAGUUCGAGAGAGGUGGAAAAUCCACAGGAAAGAAUAUAGAGGUCACUAUAGUAGUCUUGGACAGUGAGAAAAAUAUUAUAAAGAACUGUUUGUGGGGUGCAUCGGGAAUGGAAGGUACUUCCGAGUACAAUUCCAUGAUAAUUUACCACCACAAUUCGCCGGCAUGGGCAGAAAACGUAAGGUUAACCUUACCCAUCGAUAAAUUUGCUGGCGCUCAUGUACGAUUGGAAUAUAGGCAUUGUUCCACUAGAGAGAAAAAUGAUAAGAAACUGUUCGGAUUCUCGUUUAUUCGCCUCAUGGACAAAGACGGGGCAGCUGUACAAGACGGGCAACACGAACUUUACAUAUACAAGUGCGAGGAUACUCAAAAAUUGGAAAAUUGCGGUUAUUUGUCGCUGCCGGCGUUUGCUAAGGAUUACGAGGGAAACCACGAGGCUAGCGGACAGUUUUCCAGGAGUCACAAAGAAAUUAUUUCCAUAAAAACCCUGCUGUGCUCAACAAAACUCACACAAAAUGUUGACUUGCUUGCUCUUCUGAGGUGGAAAUCGCACCCAGAACGGAUCCAGGAAUCACUACAGAGAGUUCUGCGACUCGGAGACGAAGAACUGGUAAAGUUCCUUCAAGACGUCCUCGAUGCCUUAUUUGCACUAUUCUCAACAGAGGACGGUAACUCCACAGCACAUAGUGGUCUAGUUUUCCACGUACUAGUCUCGAUAUUCAACUUACUCGACGGCUCAAAAUACCAACACUUUAAACCAGUGCUGGACGCGUACAUCAAAAACCAUUUUGCAGCGGCGCUUGUAUAUAAGGGUCUGCUUACCAGCGUUCAGCACUGCGCCGACUGGGUGGUGUCUUUCGACAAACAAGAACCUAUCCAGAAAUGUUUCAAAAGCCUGGAGUACAUUUUUAAGCUCAUCAUUCAAAGCCGUUUGCUGUUCUCGAGGGCUACGGGCGGCCACUUCGAAGAUAGCUUCAGACGGGACUUGUUCAGUGUGUUUGUUUCUUUAAAUAAAAUGCUUACUAUUCAUGAAAGCAACAUCAUCAAUACCCAAGUUGCUUUACUUUUAACCAUAAGCGCUGUUUACGAUCAGUUGAUCGAAGUCCUACCGACAAUCGAAGUUACCAAACUGGCAGCAUCGAUGCUGGAUUCAUUGCCCAGGGAAUUACCGUCUUUAUUAGUACAGGCAAAGCUAUCUUGCAUAAAAAAUAUGGUGACCAGUAAACUGUUUCAAGACGAUGAAUCGAGGAAUAUACUGUUAGUCACAGCUUGUAAACACUUGAGGUACCAUUUGACACGACGGGAUGAAUUGAAGCUCUGUACAGAUAUAUUAGGAGAAAUUCUAUUGUUUCUUUUUAAACAAAGGAAACUGACCGACGAACAGGGAAAAAUAAACAACUGUAUCCACCACGACGUUGACACUUUGUGCGUCUCCAUCUUAGAAGUGUUGAUACAGACAAUUCUUACUAUCAUCGAUAAAGACGUCAAAGUUUUUGGUUGUUUGGUAGCUUGUCUGAUUGGGAUAUUACAACUACUUGACGAAUUUCACUACAAGAGACUGUGGGAAGUUCUGAUGGGACCGCACCAGGACAGGAAACCCCUGAAGGAUUUCCUACUUAGGGCCUUCUUGGUGUUCCGUAACUUGGUUAGGAUGGAAGUAUUCCCGCCGGACUGGCUCGUUAUAAAAAUGCUAACAAACAACGUUAUCCUAAAGGCUCUACAGGAAUUUGCUCAACCACUCGCUUUUAAGUUUUUAGACAGCCGCGCAGGAUAUUUCGAUAAAGAACUUUGGACGAAUUAUUUUAAUUUGUCGGUGGACUAUUUGACACAAGAAUCUUUGCAGCUAGAACAGUUUUCUGACGUGAAACGGGAGAAAAUAAUUGAGAAAUACGGUGAUAUGAGAGUUCUGAUGGGUUUUCAAAUUUUGUCUAUGUGGUCGCAACUGGGUGAAUGCAAGUUGAAUUUCAUUCCGUCGAUGGUCGGUCCUUUCCUCGAGGUUACUUUAGUUCCCGAGAUCGAACUGAGAAAGGCUACGUUGCACAUAUUUUUUGACAUGAUGGAAUGCGAGCAGAGGGCGAGAGGGAAUUUCAAGCAAGUCGAGUGUGAGCUUAUCGACAAGUUAGACAUUUUAAUAUCGGAGAACAAGGGUGAUGACGAGUACAGAAGAUUAUUCAAUACGAUCUUAUUAGACAGAGUCCAGUCGGAAGACCCAACCUGGAAAGAAAGCGGCGCCGCUUUCAUAAGCUCAAUAACUCGCUUGUUAGAAAGACUACUCGACUAUCGCAACGUGAUCCAAGGCGAUGAAAACCGAGACAAAAGGAUGUCCUGCACUUUUAAUUUAUUGAACUUUUACAAGAACGAAUUUAAUAGAAAGGAAAUGUACUUGAGGUACAUUUACAAAUUGCACGAUUUACAUUUAUCCGCCGAGAAUUACACCGAGGCAGCUUUUACCCUGAAAUUGUACGCCGACCAGUUGGCGUGGAACAGUAAUCAAGUUACGGAUCCCAAUUAUCCCAACCAUACUGAGUGCCAGGUUAAGGAGAUGUUAUAUAGGCAGAUUAUCGACUAUUUCGAUAAGGGAAAGUGUUGGGAAAAGGGGAUACCGCUGCUCAAAGAGCUGGCGAACCUCUACGAAGCCAUAUUCUUUGACUACAAACUCCUCAGUGAUAUCUUAAAAUACCAGGCCAACUUCUACGAUAACAUUUUAACGCAACUCCGUCCAGAGCCAGAGUACUUUCGUGUCGGAUUCUACGGCUUAAGUUUCCCAUUAUUUGUAAGGAAUAAACAAUUUGUAUAUAGAGGCCUGGAAUACGAGAGAAUCGGUGCCUUUACGCAACGAUUGCAAACUGAAUUUCCGUCUGCUCAAAUACUUAUGAAGAAUACUCCGCCGGACGAUACCAUUAUCAAUUCGGACGGCCAAUAUAUCCAAAUAUGCAACGUGAAGCCCAUUCCGGAACCGAAUCCCAUAACUUUAGCCAAUGACAUUCCCGAGAAAAUAUCUAGGUUUUACCAUUACAACGACGUGAGAAGGUUCCAGUGCGACCGUCCAGUACACAAAGGCAUCAUCGAUAAAGAUAAUGAGAUCAAGACUUUAUGGAUCGAAAGGAUGCUUAUGGAAAUAGCCAGCCCCCUGCCGGGCAUCUUAAGGUGGUUCGAGGUGGUUAACCGUCAAACGGAAGAGAUUCCUCCCGUGCAGUUCGCCUGCGAAACGAUGCGUAACGUGGAGAACGAACUGAGGCAACUCAUCACCAUCCAUUCCCUCGAUUCCAAGAGAAAUUUGAACCCGUUCACCAUGAGGCUGCAGGGAAUUAUAGACGCCAACGUCCAGGGGGGCAUCAGCAAAUACCAGCAGGCGUUUUUCACCAAGGAGUUCGCCAAACUGUAUCCCGAACAUAAAGUCUACGCGGAGACUUUGAAGGAGCUAAUAAUAAAUGCUACUAGGGUAAUAGAAGAAGGCCUGUACCUACAUGGAAAAUUGGCACCCCCAAGCGUACAACCCUUACACCAAAGACUUUUAGAGAGGUUUGUGCAACUAAAAGAAAGCUUGGGUACUUUGAAUAACCAAAAUGCCAACAGUAUCGUUAAUACUCCUCUGCCGCCACUGCCAACCGACAAGCGUCUGAUGAUGGAAAACGGCAGCAACCGUUCCUCGGGUUCCAGCGGAAACUACGGCCACCUCGUCGAGCACCACUCGGCUGACUACGACAACAUCUACACCAAACCGACGGAAAACGACCGACCAAUCCUUAGCAGAGAGAACCUAACACUCCCGAUGCCGAUAACUAACGCCGCGCCUCCGAUACCUCAAAGAGAGUCCAGACCGCGUUCUCAGGGCUUCAACACCACCAGUUACUCCGACUUAAGGACCCCCACCAGGGGUCCAUUGGAAUACAACAGUUCAAGUUUGCCGUCUAUGAAAUCGAGAGAUUCUGAUCCUUGUGAUAUACCGCUACCACCAAAACCGACCCAUUCCAGAGAAAGAUCCCUUACGAAACCGCCAUCACCCAGGCUUCUGAGGCACGCCAUGUCGAUGACUCCCACGGACGGCACCUCCCCGUUGAGGAAUUCCUGGCCAGAAUCUGACUGCUUGGAGGCGCCGCCGCUUCCUCCAAGGUCACACACCCCAGACAAGAGAGUCCAAAGUCUUCCAAACGAAACUCCCCCGAACAUCCCGAAGCGGAGUCAGAAGAAAUCGACCCCCUCCAUCUGCAGCAUGGAAUACCUCGCCCUGGACGAUUCUACCUCCGAAGUUAACAUCACCACAUCUACAAACAAUCUAACGACGCAAGUCGACAGCCACGAUCUGCGCGACUCAGGCAUAAGCAUGACGGAGAAUCAUUUGAACAACUUCAACAACACUUGCUACGAGGAAUUCGACCUCCGCGCCCACCAGACGGAGAUGAACAUCAACAACAGUCCCCACGAAGACAGUCCCAAGAUCGAGAACCCCCCACCCAUCCCCCCGAAAUUGAGCUUGGCUGCCGGCAGUCUGAAUUCGAGCUUAGAUCUAGGUAGUAGUUUAGAGCGGCCCAAGCGUAGGGAGAACGCUACGUCGGACAUAGUCACCCCUCCGGAGAACUAUUCCCUUCCCAGGAUAUACAAGGAGAACGGCGCGCCCGUUGAGAGAAACUGCGACGCUUAAGGUUAAGUUAAUUUAAGGGAUUUUUUGGAUACCUUGUUUGUGGUAGUAUUAAGUCGUUGUGAUUUUAACGUUACGUAUCAUGUCUUACACGGAAUCAUUUCAAUUCAUUGAAUUGGCGAGUUUCGUUGUUGUCUUGCGGCAUUCGGGAGAAAUUCUGAAAUGGGUCGAUUGUGGACGGUUUUACUUUAUAAAAUUUUAUACAGGGUGUUUAAAAAUUAUGAGCAAAACAUUUUAGAUGUGAUUUGAAGUUCUCAUGACACUUUCGUAAACCUAAUAUUAAAAAUAUAAUUUAAGGGUUAUGUGGGUAGGUAACCUUUAAAUUUUUAUUAUUUUUAAAAUGUCAUAACUUCUUUUCCAGUGAGGUGGUUUUUUUUAUCAAAUUCAGGACAUUUGAUGAGGGUGCACAUGACAGUCAGCGGCCGACUAAUUUUUUACUGUUUUUAGGUGACCGAGAGUGUAUUACCAAUAUUUUAUCAAAAUUAUCUGUUCGAUUUUAUCCAAGUUUGUUUUAUUCGAAAGUAUACAUGUUGAGGUAUGCUGACAAGUUUCUUUAUGAAAACAUUUCAACUGUGAGCGCUGCUCUCAUGCUCGGCAAAAAAAGUUACAAAAUUCUCAAAGUGUAAUGUAUUGGUGCCCUUCACGACAGAGGAUUUAAAAAAAAAAAUAGUUUUCACGGGUGGCAGCUAAUUGAAUUUACCAUUCAUUUUGCAACCUUAAUUUUCGACCUUUCUCGCUUGAUAAAAUGAUAAUAGUAUUGUUGUGUCAAAUUUUGAAAGUAAUCAGUCGAGGCGUUGUGCGAAUAUUUUGGGAACUAUCUUAAAACAGUAUGUUUCGAGAUAAUCGGGUUUGAAGUGGUUUAAAUGUAACAGGCUUGGUUUUCGAGAAAAGUUGAAUGGCAAAAAUCACAUCUUGAUUUGUUUUAGACUUUUUUCAAUUUUGAUUAAUUGAUAAUUUUAUAAAAAGAAUAAUUUUUGAAAAAAAUUUGGAAUAAAAUAUAUAGGGUGUUGUCCUAUAUAAAAAAAGUUAUACAAUAAUAUUGCAUGCACCACUAGAUUCUACGCUAAAAAACUGUAUAAAAAAACCUACUUACAAAAAUGUAAUGUUUUCAUAAACAAAAUAUUUAUAGGACAUCAUAAGAAACAAAUCAAUAUCGAGAUUGUAAACAUGUAAAAUACCCCCUUCAAAAGUGGCGAAUUUGUCCCACUCUGUAUUUCAACAUUAUGAGGGAUUUCUUGUAUUUCCAAAGAGAUAGGCAAAAAGUAGUUCAAAUGUCCUAUGCUCGAUUUUUAUCCAUUUUAUGUUAAAUAAUUUUUAUUUGCGACUAUUUUCAAUUUUCAUAAAAAAGCUUUUCUCCCAGUGCUGUAGGCUACAUUUUUCACAUAACGCCUUUUUUUAAAUAAAACAACACCUUAUAUAAUUUUUGAGUUUUUAAACAUAUAAAAUACUUUAUUCUAUCGUUUAACAAAUUGGAGAAACCCUUCAAAAAUGUUGAAUUUGGCCCACCCUGAAUUUUAACAUUAUGAGAGGUUUCUUGUAUUUCCCAGAGAUUGGCAGAAAGUAGUUCAAAUGUCCCAUGCUCGGUUUUUAUCCAUUUUAUGUUGAAUAAUUUUUAUUUGUGAAUAUUUUGGAAUUUUGUAAAGAAACUUUUCUCCCAGUUGUGCGAAUAUUUUGGGAACCAUCUUUAAACAGUAUGUUUCGAGAUAAUUGAAGUUUGGCAAACAAUUGACGUGGUCAGGAACUUGGUCGCCCGUUAGCUUCUCGGUAAAUCACCCAUAACUUUCAAGAAGCAAAUAAAAAGGUUACUAGAAAAUUAGGAUGCUUGCUACGCUUUAGGCUAGUGUCUCGCUUCACGAGGCAUCUGGUUAGUGAAUAUACAAUUUUUCAGUAAAAGGCCAGACAAGUAGGGCUGUCAGAACCGAGUCGCGCGCCAUAGGCGUACUCAUUAUGUUAAGCGUAAUAAAAUAAAUUACGUAGAAAAUAAGCAACAAAUUAGUACAAUUUAUAACGAAAUAUUCAAAACAUUCGCACGAUGACAAAGGCAACAGUAUACUAAUGUGACGUGAACAUGAAAAGCAUUCUGAGGCAGAAGCUCGUGCAUGUCUUUGUUGACUCGCUUGACAUUCCAUUUAAUUGUGGCUCUCUCUGCUGCCUUACUGAUGUUACGGAGAAAAAAAUUAAAAAAUAUUGUUUUGCCUGUGAUACGAACCCAGUUCUACUUUGACUAGCAAAUUUAAUAAACAUAUUUUAAUUAAUAUAAUAUUGACUUCCAGGUGAAAACAGGUUUAUAGGUGGAGCUUAUUAACUCUGCGUCACAGAUCCUUCCACGAAACACGUUUGAAUGUGUAUAGCUCAUCAGAAACGUAAAGUACACACACACAAAAAAAAUUAUUUUGAAUCCUUAAAUUAAUUUUUUUCUCUAUAAAGCUAUCUAUAAUAGUUUGAAUCACACCUUGGAAAACGUGAAGAAAUCUCAACGAAAAUACGCUUAUUAGACAGAACUGCUUCAUAGCUCACGAAAAAUGCCUGUCAUGCGGCAAAAUCCAUUGUUCGUUACAAACAUACAGUUUGUUAACAAUAAUAUGGAUCAAAUUAAAUUAAAAAGUUAAUAUUAAUUUUUCCACAAAGUGUCAUAGAGUUUAGUACGAUUCUUUUUUUAAGUAAAAGCAACUUAAAUUUUUGCUUAUAGUAUCUGGAAACUCUAUAUAAAUCACUUAAAGAAGUAAAAUACAAGUUAGGGGGUUUUCACAACCAUUAAAUUUGAACUCGUAAGAAUUAAUAUUGAAUGCGAGACAUCCAAAAGUAAACCACCGCGAAAGCUAAAUCAUUGGUCCGAAUCGAUCCGUUUCGAAAAUUUCAAGGAAGCCCGCAAGGCGUUAACCUUCAGUUUCAUUAAAUUGUAUUAUCGACUGAGUGAUUGGAAGCGAGACUAAUUUGAAAUUUUCUAUUCAUUCCCAUUAUACAUAUUCCAAGAUUUUUUCAUAUACACUUAUACGGAAGAAAUAUUUUGUAAUUCUAACUAUUUUCCUAUUGUAAGUAUAAUCACCAUGCUAGGAGUAGGUGUAAAGGAUUUUUGUAGUUUUUAGAAAGUGUCGUCUCAUCGUUUCCAGUGAACUGUGCCAAUUUCUCCCAAUAGAUUUGGCUAGCAGUUUGUUUGGCACAAGUAUUUUAAAUAGUAUCAGAGUUAUAGCAGAAUUUUAAGAGUAGUGUUCGUCUCAUUGUAACCGGGGUAAGCGCAGCAUCUCAGAAAUUCCAACGAAGAGAGCAAACGCUUUAGCGAUGGUAAGUGACUGUAUUGCGAAUUUUAUCGCGCCAUCUAUUGUGUGUCACCAUAAUUUAGUAAGUAAUGUGCCACCUUCUGGCGAUGAAUAAUAUUUAUUAGAGCCUCCAUGGAUGUGUUUCAUAGCUUAUACAGGGUGAUUUCUAAGUGGUUUUUUAGAGCAUUAAAGCUCAUUAAAAUGCCCUUUUUCAAAGAAAAAAAAGUCACAAGGGUUAAGAUCAGGUCACCUGGCUGGCCAUGCAACAGGCUCCAGGUCCUACUCGCUUAUUAUGGAAAGGAACUUCUAAGAAGAAACAGAGGCAUAUCAUCUAGAAGACCCGGAAAAUGAUUUUGAAAAAAAUCAUAAAUAGCUUUACUGAAAAUCUAUCAUGAGUUCAAAACUAAACUGUUGGAAUGGUCUCGUCCAAAUUUUUUUUUUGGUUCAAUUCAACUUAGUGUAUACAAUUUCUUGAGUAUUCUUCUUAGGUCUUCGACAAGAUUUCAUGUUUCUUCCUGCCGUUGCACUUAAAAAAUACCAGCCAACUUAGGAAUUAUCCCUGUAUAGCAAAAUCUAAGUCGACUUUAUCAAAACUAUGGUGAAAAUAAAAUGGUGGGAGUGGCAACAAAACAUUUCACUUUCUAUGUGUUGUUUCUGAGAUGUUGUUAGAAAUACCCCAUCUAGGUCGAGUUGAUGGACCAAAAAAUGAAUCAGGCGCUCUAAAAGAAAACUUUGCAGAAUAUUUUUGGAAUUGAUUUGCCAUAUUUUCAUAUUGAAAUAGUCAUCUACAUCGAAUCUUUUGUAUGUGUAUGUAUAUAAUGGUGCUAAUUUUUUAUCUUCCCUUGUAAUGAUUAUUGACUUAUAACCAAUCUGUCUUAACGAUUGAACUGCAAUUAAUUUUUUAAAGUACGGAUACCUGCUUUAGAGUCCUGCGCUACCUUUAAACUAUGUACAAACAUCUUAAGCUCAAUUUGUGAAUUCGGUCCACAUCCUACAAACAGUCUGUCUUGUAGAAAAAUGUCAUCAUUUGUAGAUAUUUUCCUUUUUCCAAUAAACAGAGUUUGUAUCACAAGUAACCAGGUCAGGAAUCAGUCAGUUCUUGCUUUAUUUCCGAGAUACAGGGUGUUAAAUUAUUUCAGUUCCAUGCCAUACAUAAGCGUCUGAUGGAGCUAUCAAUACCUUUUUGUGAUGCUAAAAUAUACACUACACUAUUUUAUUUACUUUGUACGUACUUUUUCUAAGAAACGAAGCAAAAAUCAACCCAUAUUGACAUGAUAUGUGAGCUGUUUGGGUUAAUUUUGCAUUAGGAAAAUACUACAAGUGAUAUACAUAUACUGAGAAAUCUGUACUUUUUAUCCAAUUAAUUGCAGUGAUUUUUAAUAGGCACUUUAUUUUAGCUGUGUACUAGUCAUAUAACUGAUAUUUAUAUUCUAUUUUAUAUUACUGAUGAAGUAUUGUAUUUUCCCAUACAUGACUAUCAUGUAGAUAUAGUGUAAUAAAUUUAGUAAGAGUCA